AACGUAACUCGAAUGGACUUUCGAAGAGUCGUGUGCAAAUCUCUCGACAAAUAUUGUGAAAUAAAGCCUUGGUUCCGGUACCAGGAAGUUACUAUUAAAUAACGCAGAUAGCUGGAUUAAGUGUCUUUGAAACUUAAAGACAGGCGUAUAUCAGAUUAAAGUCCAGACAUGUCUGCUCCACCACCACCAUACCCCGGGACAAAGGGACAGGAAUCAGGUUAUCCUGCUCAACCACCACCACCACAAGGAUACGCUCAGCCAUAUGGAGCACCUCCACAAGGUUACCCUGCCCAACCAUACGGACAACCAGGACAACCAUAUGGCCAGCCAGCACCCUAUGGACAACCAGUCUAUUUAAGCCAUCCAGGUCAGCCAGGGUAUUCCCAGCAGCAGGGACAGACCACUGUAGUUGUGGCUCAGCCGGCUGUGACUGUGGUGCAGCAGUUCCGUGAGUCGCCUGUCCACACUCGCUGCCCCCAUUGCCAGGCUGAGGUGGUCACUGCUACCCAGUAUGAGACUGGCACCUUCACCUGGAUCAUAUGCCUUGUCCUGUGCAUUGUCGGAUGUGAUCUUGGCUGUUGCUUCAUCCCAUUCUGUGUGGAUGGCUGCAAGGAUGUGGCCCACAGCUGCCCUAACUGCAGGACUGUCAUCAGCAGGUACAACCGUAUGUAGGUGUGCGGCGUGGCUGACACUGCACCUGACGUUGGGUGCUGACCAACUAUACACAAUAAUUUCUAUCCUACCCUGUGAUACCUUACAACUGUAGCGUUGUUUGUUUACCGUAUUAAACAGAAAUGUAAAUACAAUACUUGUUGAUUGUUGGAUAUAAAUAUAUCUUCUUUUAUUAAAAAUGCAGAUCAUUUCUAUAAAAUGUGAACCUUAUUGGCCUUUUGUUGUGAUUUUUUUCUGAGGUCAUAUGCAUUCAUAUAUAAUAUAGGCAUGGACCUGGUACCAUUUGUAUAACCAUACCAUACUAACCGUGGGACAGUAUAAAGGCAUUCACUGGUAUAUAUUUUUGACACAACAUUUAUUGAUCAGGAGUUGAAUUCUUAUCCUCAGUUUCAUUUCUGUUUAAAUCACUUACUAAUACAUGUAGUUAAUAGACAGAAUAGCUAGAGUAAUUUUUCGUUUUCUAAAUAUUGUUUCGAAUGAGAUGAACAUUUUCCAGAAGUUACAAAGACACAAGUGGAACGUCAUUAACCUCGAACAACUUUUGUUUAUCCUCAAGUAACGUGAAUAGUAAUGGAUACUUUUGAAUUAUGAGUGCUACAGGUUACACAAGAUAUUUUUGGCCUAUCCAAUCAAAAGGAUUGUUUCUUCAUUACAUGUUUUCUGUAAUAUAUUUUUUUCAAGAUGAAUGUAAUAAACAAGAAUCUCCACUUUGGUUAAAACAUAUUUUUAUUGCCUUGAAAAUGACAAAAAGGAUUGGGCACAAGUUCUUACAACUUUAUACAAUCUCCACUUUACAAUGUGUUUCUGAAAAAUUGAGUGUCGUACAUUAUUGUUGUUUGGAUUAAUGAUGUUCUACAGUAUGCUGUAAUUUUAUAAUAAUAACUGUGUUACAGUUUUAAUAUAUCAUCAGUAUAUUUAAAUGAUGAAGUGUAUGCUUGCCUUAUUUUUCAGACUAAUCUGUGUAUCCUAUGUUGAACUUUUUAUCUCUUUAAGCCAAAAAUGUUUUGAAAUUUUGACAUUAACAUCAUGCUUUUCUUUGUAUGUUAAGUUUCUCAUCAAAUUUUUGUCUUUCAAUUUGUGUUUCAUGCAAAUAUGUAAUUUUUAAAACAAUCAAAUAUCAUCUUAUCCUUUUAGGGAAAAUAUAAGUGAGAAUUCUUUUGUUUUGUGUGGCUCAAUCAAUGUUUGAAAGUUCUGAAAUGUAUUUUAAAAUUGAGAUAUCCAGGAGCUUUGCAGAAAUUGUCAGGAAGGCAGAAGGAAACAUAACCUUUUAAAAAAGUUUUAAAUCUAAAAAUCUUUCAGGAUGUCAGAUUCUGUGCAAGUGUCUUUCAACAAAGAUCUAAGGACUAUGAAUUGUAUCUAGGAUGAAAUAUCCAUCCUGACUCAUACUGACUAUUGAACCUACCCAGUAUCUGUGUUUUGAUGUACAUGUAUUUGUGUAGUUUUAAUAAUAUAUAGUUCAUCUCUCUGUAUUUUAAUAUAUUAAACUAACACUUUUACAUGUGGAAAACCUUAUUAGUUGAAUAUAUCUGCUUGAUUUCUAAAAAAUAUUGAAGAUGCCAUACAAUUGAUUAUAAAACACUCUCUUGGUGUUUCAGAGUCCUUUCACAUUUCUUCCUAUCUGUGAUAACACACGUCUUAAAAUACUUUGGUAAAUACAAUCAACUUAUUCCAUCUCCACCUUUCAAGUGUAAUUAAAAACUGUAUAGCCAUGUCAAGUUAUAACAAUAUACGUGCGUGUCUGAUUGACCAUGUCCUAUUGUAACAAGUAUUUUUUUCUGCGAUAUAUUUUGUGUAUAAGGAUUAAAUCAAACCCAAAAUCUUUUGGAAGUUAAAUGAAGCAUAAUCAUAGAGCUUCACAAUGAACUCUGCUAAAUGGAACUCUGCUAAUAGAGUGAUUUUGUUAUGUCAUUAAAGUCUUAUAUAGCAUCUGAA